AUGCCUCUUCCAACAAACAUGAAGCACUUGCUGAAUGACGGCUUGCCGGGUGAGCGGCCACCAAAGAGGCACUCGACCUCGCCACCGUCGCUGCCUACUUUCUCGUCGCCACUCACUCCCGCGCCUGCUGACGAGAUGGAAGAUCGCACUGUGAUCGCCACGCACAGUACGCCGCCAAAGAGCAUCAGCGAGCACUAUACCUACUUCAGCGAACAAGGAAAAGACUCUACGCCAACCGAGACUCGCAGUGGUCAUAUGGCAUCAUUAGUGUCCACCGAGUGCGAGGCUGAGGACAGUCAAGGACAGGGAGAGCCCGAGACAGAGAUUGAAGCAGACUUGCUCGGUGAGCUUCAGACGGCGGACAACUACAUGGAAGUCAUGGAGCCUGUGCUUCCGGAGGAGCCUUCGCGAGCACAAACGCCUACCACAUCGGUAUCUCAAAGCUUGCGAGAUUACUGCAAGCUGAUGUACGGCAAGCUCUACGUGCCUCUCCAAGAUCUAACAUACCCAGACGAGUGCAGAUUACACCCCGAACACAAAGACGAACUCUUCGACGCGUUUCUCGAAAACGUCACUGUCAUUGUGACCGUCUGGACAAACUACGAUGGACUCCUCAAGCAAUUCUUCGGAGAGCACGAGAAGCCUCGAUUCCAAGACUGCGGCAAGGUCUACCUUUCCCCCGAACAGCGCACGCGACUCGAGAUGAUGGAUAAUGCCAACGGAUUCGAGAUGAAGAAUGUCCAGCUCAACAUUGGCACACCCUUUCGCACAUUCUUCACACUGUAUUUCCAGCACGAUGGUGAGAAAAAGGUUCUAGUCAACGGUGAGGUUUUUGAUUACUAUGGUCUCGGUGCACCACACAAACCGCUGUUCGACCUCGUUGUUCAGAACAUGGAGGAGUGCUCAAACUAUGAGCAGUGGUUCGGAAAGGCUGGGCUCAACCUGACGGACCUGGAUAAUAUCGCUCGGCUGUUUCUCGGGUUCGCGUGA